UCGCCUCGAGCUUGCGGGUUUUCCCAGCGCGGGACCGAUGCGCGUCCAGCUGCCUCCGCCGCCUCUGCUGCUGCUCCUGGCCGCAGUCGCGGCCGCCGCCACCACCUUCCGGCCCGACUGGAACCGCCUGCAUGGCCUGGCCCGGGCCCGGGUAGAGACCUGUGGGGGAUGACAGCUGAAUCGCCUGAAGGAGGUGAAGGCCUUUGUCACCCAGGACAUCCCAUUCUACCACAACCUGGUAAUGAAACACCUUCCCGGGGCCGACCCCGAGCUAGUGCUGCUGGGCCACCGCAACGAGGAGCUGGAGCGAAUCCCGCUCAGCGAGAUGACCCGCGAGGAGAUCAACGCGCUGCUGCGGGAGCUCGGCUUCUAUCGCAAGGCGGCGCCCGACGACCCCGUGCCCCUUGAGUACCUGCGGGCGCCUGCUAGGUCCGCCAAAGGCGCUCCGGACCCUGCUGACCUGUAGGUCGGGGAGCGCGGCACCCCCCUGCCUGAGCCCUGGGGCCAGAAUGAAGCGCUCAGCGUCCCGGGAGCACCUCCCUCGCUGAGGGCCGAAGCCCCGACCCCGGAGCCGGCAGGGAUGGAGCUGGGGGUUCCUCUCAAUGCCCUUCCACGAAUCCCCCUUUAGCUCCACUAAAUCUCCUAACAUCUUAAAAGAGA